GCGUUGUCUCCGCUGUGACUGAGCCGACCGCCUUCUUUUUACUGACGACGCCACUGAAACGAAAGGCGGGAGCGUUCCUGAGUCUGUCGGGAGCCCUACGGCCAGAAGGGGAGGGGUGGAGCCAGACAGUGACCCGGAAGCAGAAGCGACUCCCCCAGGCGGAGUGCUAGGGACCGGCAGCGGCGACCGCAGCGGUAGAAGCAGCGAUUUAUCUGUGUGCGGCACCAAACUGGGAAGAAGAUGCUAAUUAAAGUGAAGACGCUGACUGGAAAGGAGAUUGAGAUUGACAUUGAACCCACAGACAAGGUGGAGCGAAUCAAGGAGCGAGUGGAAGAGAAAGAGGGAAUCCCCCCACAGCAGCAGCGGCUCAUCUACAGUGGCAAACAGAUGAAUGAUGAGAAGACAGCUGCUGAUUACAAGAUCCUAGGUGGUUCAGUCCUCCACCUGGUGUUGGCUCUGAGAGGAGGAGACAGUCUUAGGCAGUGAUGGAUCCUCCCUCUAUUUUACCUCCUUACCCUGUCACUCAUAAUGAGGCACCAUGUAUCCUCUCACUCUAUGGAACAUCAGAGCCACUGCCCCAUCCCCCGGAUGCCUGGUCUGUGUGUGUCUACUGGUGGGAGACUGAGGACCCCAGGAUGCAGUGUUCCUGGCCCAGAGGGCCCUUGCUGGCUGUUGGGUUUUAGUUUGCAGUCCUGUGUGCUUCCUUCUUAUGUCUAUGUUCUUGGUUGUCAAUAAAAUAUUUCCUGGCCUCCUGGAA